ACCAGUGGCCAUGUUCUAAGUUUUACUUUAGAGAGGGACUGUCGGUGCAUGUCUUUAGCGUACUGCAUGGUACCACAUCUCUGUCUCUUACCCCUGCAAGUGGUUGUUUACCGUUGCUGACUCGUACUCUUUCCUACACCCAAAAAAACACCAGCCACAUCUCCUUUACCGACAUCACUUCUGAAAGCUCCCACUUUACUGCUGUCUCUUUGCUUUUAAAUCUCCCCUCUUCUGAAAAAUGAAGAGGAGCUAGAGGGCCAACAAGGAGGGCUAGCAAGCAAGAUGAAUAGUUGUUUGUCUGCCUUUCUUUUGGCACUGAUCCCAUCAUAAAUAGCAAGAACAGAAAAGGAAAAAAAAACAACAGAUUGCUGCCGAGGAAUAUUCCGCAAUGGAAGUGAGUGCAGGUUUGGUGGCCGGCUCUCACAAUAGAAAUGAGCUUGUUGUUAUCCGUCGAGAUGGAGAAUCUGCUCCGAGAUCGCUAGAGAGAGUGAGCAGGCAAAUAUGCCACAUAUGUGGAGAUGAUGUGGGGCUUACGGUGGACCGGGAGCUUUUUGUGGCCUGCAACGAGUGUGCCUUCCCCAUUUGUAGAACUUGUUACGAGUAUGAGCGUAGAGAAGGAAAUCAAGUCUGCCCUCAAUGCAAGACUAGAUUCAAGCGUCUCAAAGGAUGUGCGAGAGUCCAUGGGGAUGAAGAAGAAGAUGGCAUUGAUGAUUUGGAAAACGAGUUCAAUUUCGAUGGAAGGAAUAGCAACAGGCACGAUAUGCAGCACCAUGGUGGUCUUGGAGGACCUGAAUCUAUGCGUCACUAUGAUCCCGAUCUGCCUCACGACCUUCAUCAUCCUUUGCCCCAAUUCCCUCUCCUUACUAAUGGUCAAAUGGUUGAUCACAUUCCUCCUGAACAACAUGCUUUGGUCCCUUCAUACAUGGCUCCUAUUGGUGGCAGUGGAAAAAGGAUCCACCCCCUCCCCUUUUCAGAUUCUGCCGUUCCUGUGCAACCAAGAUCCAUGGAUCCUUCCAAGGACUUGGCUGCUUAUGGAUAUGGAAGUAUUGCAUGGAAGGAGAGGAUGGAGAGCUGGAAGCAAAAACAGGACAAUCUGCAGAUGAUGAAGAGUGAAAACGGGGACUGUGAUGGUGAUGAUCCCGAUCUCCCAUUAAUGGAUGAGGCAAGACAACCACUAUCACGAAAAAUGCCUCUUCCGUCCAGCCAAAUCAAUCCUUACCGAAUGAUCAUCAUUGUUCGACUUGUUGUUCUUGGGUUCUUCUUCCACUAUCGAGUCACACAUCCUGUGAAUGAUGCAUUUGCUUUAUGGCUUAUAUCUGUGAUCUGUGAGAUUUGGUUCGCCGUUUCAUGGAUUCUUGAUCAAUUCCCAAAGUGGCUCCCUAUUGACAGGGAAACUUAUCUUGAUAGAUUGUCUCUGAGGUAUGAAAAGGAAGGCCAGGCUUCUCAGCUUUGUCCAGUUGACAUCUAUGUUAGUACCGUUGAUCCAUUGAAAGAGCCCCCUCUGGUGACCGCAAACACGGUUCUGUCCAUUCUUGCAGUGGAUUACCCUGUUGACAAGGUUUCGUGUUACGUUUCUGAUGAUGGUGCUGCUAUGCUGACAUUUGAGGCAUUGUCAGAAACAUCUGAAUUUGCAAAGAAAUGGGUCCCUUUCUGUAAGAAAUUUAGCAUUGAACCUCGGGCACCGGAGUUUUAUUUUGCUCAAAAGAUAGAUUAUUUGAAAGAUAAGGUGCAGGCUUCAUUUGUCAGGGAACGAAGAGCAAUGAAGAGAGAGUAUGAAGAGUUUAAAGUUCGGAUCAAUGCUUUGGUUUCCAAGGCUCAUAAGGUCCCAGAAGAUGGAUGGACAAUGCAGGAUGGUACUCCAUGGCCUGGGAAUAAUGUUCGUGAUCACCCUGGAAUGAUUCAGGUUUUCCUUGGCCAAAGUGGAGGGCAUGACACUGAUGGAAAUGAAUUACCACGUCUGGUAUAUGUUUCCAGAGAAAAGAGACCUGGAUUUAAUCACCACAAAAAGGCUGGAGCUAUGAAUGCUUUGGUCAGAGUCUCUGCCGUGCUAACAAAUGCUCCUUAUCUUUUGAAUUUGGAUUGUGAUCACUACAUCAACAACAGUAAGGCUCUUAGAGAAGCAAUGUGUUUCAUGAUGGAUCCAUUACUUGGAAAGAGAGUGUGCUAUGUCCAGUUCCCACAGAGGUUUGAUGGCAUUGAUAGGAGUGAUCGAUAUGCCAACCGGAACACUGUAUUCUUUGAUAUCAAUAUGAGAGGUUUGGAUGGCAUUCAAGGACCUAUAUAUGUCGGGACUGGAUGUGUUUUCAGAAGGCACGCGCUUUAUGGUUAUGAUGCCCCAAAAACAAAGAAACCACCAACAAGGACAUGCAACUGCUUGCCUAAGUGGUGCUGUGGAUGCUUCUGUUCGGGAAGGAAAAAGAAGAAGAAGAUAAACAAACCUAAGUCCGAGUUAAAGAAGAGGAACUCUAAGACAUUUGAACCUGUGGGUGCUUUGGAGGGUAUUGAAGAGGGAAUUGAAGGAAUUGAAAGUGAAAGUGUUGCUGUAACAUCUGAGCAGAAAUUGGAAAAGAAGUUUGGACAAUCUUCUGUGUUUGUAGCGUCUACCCUGCUAGAGGAUGGUGGCACGCUGAAAAGUGCCAGCCCUGCAUCUCUGCUUAAAGAAGCCAUCCAUGUCAUUAGCUGUGGCUAUGAAGAUAAAACAGAAUGGGGCAAAGAGGUAGGGUGGAUUUAUGGUUCUGUUACAGAGGAUAUAUUGACAGGCUUUAAAAUGCACUGUCAUGGAUGGAGAUCAAUAUACUGUAUUCCUUCUAGGCCAGCAUUUAAAGGUUCGGCACCCAUUAAUCUUUCUGAUCGUCUACACCAGGUCCUUAGAUGGGCUCUUGGAUCAGUUGAGAUAUUUUUGAGCCGGCACUGUCCUCUUUGGUACGGAUAUGGAGGGGGUUUGAAGUGGUUGGAGCGUCUGUCUUACAUAAAUGCUACUGUUUAUCCUUUGACAUCCAUUCCUCUACUGGCGUACUGUACUCUUCCUGCAGUGUGCUUGCUUACUGGGAAAUUUAUCACUCCGGAGCUCAGCAAUGCUGCCAGCCUGUGGUUUUUGUCUCUUUUCAUUUGUAUUUUCGCAACAAGUAUACUGGAAAUGAGAUGGAGUGGGGUUGGUAUUGACGAAUGGUGGAGAAACGAACAAUUUUGGGUGAUUGGAGGGGUAUCAGCACAUCUAUUUGCAGUGUUCCAGGGGCUUUUAAAGGUUCUAGCUGGUGUUGAUACGAACUUCACUGUUACGUCUAAAGGAGGAGACGACGAUGAGUUCUCAGAGCUGUAUGCAUUUAAGUGGACCACGUUGCUCAUCCCACCAACAACAUUGCUGAUAAUAAACCUGGUUGGAGUCGUGGCUGGUGUCUCCAAUGCUAUAAAUAAUGGGUAUGAGUCAUGGGGGCCUCUGUUUGGUAAGCUUUUCUUUGCAUUCUGGGUGAUAGUUCACCUUUAUCCUUUCCUGAAAGGUUUACUCGGCCGACAGAACAGAACUCCCACAAUCAUCAUUGUGUGGUCAAUUUUGCUUGCUUCCAUCUUUUCGCUUCUGUGGGUUCGAAUCGAUCCGUUCUUGGCCAAGUCCAACGGUCCACUUCUGGAGGAAUGUGGAUUGGACUGUAAUUAAACUAGCAUGCACCAGGAUUUGCUCAUCAGGCAGAUUGGCCAGUAAUGUUUGAUAACGAAUAUCUGAAUUGAUAAUCUUCAAUCAGAACACGCAGGGUGGGGUGAAGCCUGCAAGGUGUAGAUUGAAUGUGUGUUUUCACGUGGAUCUUUGUUUUGAACAUCUCAUUCCUCCUCCUUGGCCAAUGAAUUCCGAAGGGGUCAAGAAGAUUAGCCGUCUGUGGUGGUGCCUCAGUGCCAAAGCUUUCAUCUGGUGUCAUGCAACUAGUUGUGCAGAAACUACAAAAUACUCUUUCAUUCUUCUUAGUUCAAUUUAUUUAUAAAGGGAAGAGGAGGUAUGGUGAACAGCAACUGUAUACUCUGAAUUGUUACCCUCACGAGUCUCUCCCAUUUCCUCAAAUUCAUUUCCUUUAUAAUAAUGAAACAAAGCGGGAUUUAUCCUGCUGUAAAAGGUGUAAAACUACAGAAGCAAAGUAUAGUGUUCAUAUGAUUUCAUGGGGCUUGUUGUUCACCCCUUUGUUUCA